AUGGUUUCACCUAAGGUGGAUGAUGAACCUCGCAUUAUUAAGGAUGCACUUAGUAGUCCUGAUUCAAAUAAGUGGAAAAUGGCUAUGGAAGAAGAACUAAACCCUAUGAGGGAUAACCAUGUCUGGGAUUGGUUAAUCUUCCACAAGGAAGGAAAGCAAUUGGGAACAAAUGGGUUUAACUCCGUUAGGGUAAUACUUGCAAUAGUAGCCCAUAUGGACUUGGAGUUACAUCAAAUGGAUGUUAAGGCAACCUUCCUCAAUGGUGAUUUGAGUGAAGAAAUCUAUAUGACACAACUAAUGGGUUAUGUCGUUAAGGGUCAAGAACAAAAGGGUGUGGUGGCUUUGGUGGAACUUCUUCAAGUGGUGUCCCUAAAAGAGGUGAUUAAGAAACUCAAGACAGAUAAGCUGGAAUCUCGCUCUAGCAAAGGAAGAUUUGUGGGGUACCCUGAGCAUUACAAAGGGUACUACUUCUAUUUUCCCUACAACCAAAGAGUGUUGGUCAGUAGGGAUGCCAUAUUUUUGGAGAAAGAGUUUCUUCAAGGGAGAGGCAUCGAGAAGAAAAUAGAAUUAGAAGAAGUGUAUUCUAAAGCACAAAUCGAUCCUAAUGAAGAAGUUAAUCCAAAUGUAGUAGGUCCACAUGAGACACACAAAUCUAAUAGAGUAUCUCGUCCUCCAGAACGAUAUGGUUUGGUGAUGGAAGAGAUACAGGAAGCAUUUCUAUAUGGAGAUAAUGGUCAAGAUAUUGAUCCUAUUAACUACAAAGAGGCAAUGUCAGACAUCGACUCUAAGAAAUGGCUAGAGGCUAUGCAGUCUGAAAUGAAAUCCAUGUAUUCCAACCAAGUAUGGACUCUAGUGGAUCCUCUUGAAGGAAUAGUUCUUAUAGGGUGCAAAUGGAUCUAUAAGAGAAAGAUUGGUCUCGAUGGGAAGGUGCAAACCUUCAAGGCAUAA